CGAGCGCAGAGAGCUCCGCUAGAGCUGCGCCUGCCGCAUCCUGAGAGCACGCGCCUUUGUGCGGGAGGAGAACACAUCCAGCGAGCUGGUGGAGGAGAAGGAGAAGGAGAAGGAGAAGGAGGAGGCGAGAAGCGAAGCGAAGCAGCUCCGUGAUUUUGUGGUUAUCUUCAUCUUCGGGGAUUACAGCGUCUCUUUCUUUCUUUUUGCCGUUUUGCAUCAUCCGGUCACGGUGUCCACGUCGGGAUCCACAGUGGAAGUUAUCUGGGAGACUUGUUGGGCGGGCACGCGCCGCGGAGCGCGUGACAGUGGGUUUUUGUGUUCGCGGUGCUACUACGGUUGGAAUUGUUUUUUUUUUUUUUCUUUUUGUUAAGGGUCCAAACUGCAGCAAAGUUUCCGGUCCCCGGACGCUUCUUUCCACGCCGUCAAAUCGUCCCCCCCCCACCUCCCCGUCACAGGUCCAAUACCUCACAGCGCCAAAGGUGACCGCUCGUCUUCGUUUUUUUUUAUUCUGUCCCGGGAGGGCUGCAGCCUUCUCCAUUUAAAAAAAAAAAAAAAAAGACCUUUUGGCGUCCACCAUGGAGGAUCACGCGGGGAUGCACCCGUGCACCUGGACGGCGGCCGGGAGGAGCGUCUCCAUCGCGUACCUGGGAGUCCUCGCGAUGCUGCAUCUCGUGCUUCACGCGGAAGCCUCCUCCAAGUCCUGCGAGGCGGACUGUCCCUCCGGGAAGUGCAUCGACGGGAGCUGCGCAUGCGACCACGGGUGGGUCGGGGAUCGCUGCCAGCACUGCCAGGGGAGGUUCAAGUUAACAGACCUCUCGGGCAUUCUCACAGAUGGACCAGUAAACUACAAGUACAAGACCAAGUGCACUUGGCUGAUAGAAGGAUAUCCUAACGCAGUGCUCAGGCUGCGCUUCAAUCACUUCGCCACCGAAUGCAGCUGGGACCACAUGUACGUCUAUGACGGAGACUCCAUCUACGCCCCUUUGAUUGCCGUCCUCAGUGGUCUCGUGGUACCAGAGACGAGGGGCAACGAGACGGUCCCGGAGGUAGUGACGACGUCCGGCUACGCUCUGCUUCACUUCUUCAGCGACGCCGCCUACAACUUGACCGGCUUCAGCAUCGCCUACUCGAUGAACUCCUGUCCCAACAACUGCUCGGGCCACGGCCGGUGCAGCACGGCCAACUCGGCGUCGGGCCGCGUGUACUGCGAGUGCGAGGAGUACUGGAAGGGAGAGGCCUGCGACGUCCCGUACUGCCGGGACGACUGUGGCAGCCCGGGUCGCGGCUACUGCGACCUGACGGGGGAGAAGCUGUGCGUCUGCAACGACAGCUGGCAAGGUCCCGACUGCUCUCUGUCCGUCCCCUCCACCGAGGCCUUCUGGGUGCUGCCCAGCGUCAAACCGUCGGCUCAGUCCCUGGGCCGGGCGUCCCAUCAGGCCCUGGUGCACUCCGGCCUGAUGUGGGUGGUGGGCGGAUACUCCUUCAACUACUCCAACUACCACAUGGUCCUCAACUACAACCUGGAGAGCGGUACGUGGGACGUGGUGCCGGUCAGCAGCGGGCCUCUCUACAGAUACGGCCACUCGCUGGCUCUCUACCAGGACGACAUCUACAUGUUUGGCGGGAAGCUGGAGGCCAAAUCGGCCAACGUGACGGACGAGAUGUGGGUGUUCAACGUCCCCCGGCGCACCUGGUCACCGCGAAAACCAGCCCCGCCUCCUCCCUACGCCCUGGAGGGGCACAGCGCCCACGUGGUGGAGCUGGCCGGCGGCGAGCGGGUGAUGCUGGUCUUCUUCGGCUACUCGCCGACCUACGGCUACAUCAACAAGGUCCAGGAGUACAACAUCGGGUCCGACUCCUGGCAGGUGGCCGUCGGGGGCGCCGUGGUGCAGGGCGGCUACGGCCACAGCAGCGCGUACGACGAGGCCUGCGGCUGCGUCUUCGUCCACGGGGGAUACAAGCCUCUGAGCAACAAGAAGCACGGCCUGGUGGACCACAUGUACCGCUACCACGUCCACACCAAGACAUGGCUGAUCCUCAGGGAGAGCGGCGUAGCGCGGUACCUCCACUCGGCGGUGCUUCUGAGCGGCGCGCUGCUGGUUUUCGGCGGCAAUACUCACAACGACACGUCGCUAAGCAACGGGGCCAAGUGCUUUUCUGCUGACUUCCUGGCGUACGACACAGCCUGCGAUGAGUGGAGCGCCCUCCCCAGGCCGCGGCUGCACCGGGACGCCAACCGGUUCGGACACUCGGCCGUAGUUAGCAACGGCUCCAUGUUCGUCUUCGGCGGUUUCUCGGGCCUCCUCCUGAACGACGUGCUGGCCUACACCCCGCCGUCCUGCCGGGCCUUCUCCAACCCGGCGGCGUGCGCCGCGGCCGGGCCGGGCCUCCGCUGCCAGUGGGGGAAGAGCAGGUGUGACCCCUGGGAGCCCAAAGCAGCCGAGCACAGCGUCCCCGCUCCUUUCUGCCCGCCGCGACCUGACGGUACGGACGAGCGGUGUUUCCGCUUCUCGGACUGCGCCAGCUGCACCGCCAACACGUGGGGCUGUCAGUGGUGUGACGACAGGAAGUGCAUGUCGGCCUCCAGUAACUGCACCGUGCUGACUCUGGAGCUGGCACAGCAGCAGCAGCAUGGCGGCGCUUUGUCUCUGUCUCGUCCACCGACCAUGUUGUCAGAACAUCAGCUGAGCCUGUGGAAGCACGGAGCCAGGAGGAGGGGACAUUCGGUGAGAGGCGCGGCGGGCUGCCAGCGGCGGGAGGAGCAGGAGUGUUUCAGACUGGCCAACUGCAGGAGCUGCUCCCUGCACGUCAACUGUCAGUGGGAGGCGCAGCAGCAGGAGUGUCAGGCGCUUCCUGGCCAGCCGUGUGGGGAGGGCUGGCACCACGUUGGAGAGGCCUGCCUGAGGAUCAACUCCAGCAGUGAGAGCCACGACAAUGCUCAGCACUACUGCAAAAACCUGGGGGGAAACCUCGCCUCUUUGCUCACAGACAAGCAGGUCAACUUCGUUCUGGAGGAGCUGCAGAAGCACCAACUGCAAGACAAGGCGUUGUCCCCCUGGGUCGGCUUGAGGAAGAUCAACGUGUCCUACUGGGGCUGGGAGGACGCGUCGCCCUUCACCAACACCAGCCUGCGGUGGUUACCCGGCGAGCCCAGCGACGCGGGCUUCUGUGCCUACCUGGAGCGGGCGCAGAGGGCGGGGCUCAGGGCCAGCCCCUGCACGGCCAGCGCCGACGGCCUCAUCUGCGAAAAACCCGCCGGGAGCCCCCAGAGUCAAAGUGCCCGUCCCUGCAGGACGCCGUGCUCGCUGCGCGCCGGCUGCGCCAACUGCACCAGCCAGGCCAUGGAGUGCAUGUGGUGCGGCAGCACGCAGCGCUGCGUCGACUCCUCGGCCUACGUCGUCUCCUUCCCCUACGGCCAGUGCCUGGAGUGGCAGACCCAGGACUGCGCAGCCCAGAACUGCUCGGGUCUGAGGACGUGCUCCGAGUGCCUGGAGAGGACGGAGUGCGGCUGGUGCGGCGAUCCCAGUAACACGGGCAGGGGCGUUUGCAUGGAGGGGUCCUACCGGGGCCCCAUGAAGCCCGCCGGCUCCAGGGCCGGGCCCCCGGACAGGCUGCGGGACCGGGACAUGGCGCUGGACCAGAGUCUCUGCUCCUCCGACAGGGGCUACAACUGGGCCUUCGUCCAAUGCCCCGCGUGCCAGUGUAACGGUCACAGCAGGUGUGUGAACGGCAGCGUGUGCGAGCACUGUGGGAACCUGACGGCAGGGAUGCACUGCCAGAGCUGCAUGCCCGGUUACUAUGGCGACCCCACCAACGGAGGGAGGUGCAACGGGUGCAAGUGCAACAGUCAUGCCAACGUGUGCCACGUCAACUCGGGGAAGUGCUUCUGCACCACUAAAGGAAUCAAGGGAGACCAGUGCCAACUGUGCGACUCGGAGAACCGUUACCUCGGCAACCCUCUCCGGGGAACCUGCUAUUACAACCUGUUGAUCGAUUACCAGUUCACCUUCAGCCUGCUGCAGGAAGACGACCGCCACUACACCAGCAUCAACUUCAUGGCGACACCUGAACAGGCCAACAAGAACCUCGACAUGUCCAUCAACGCCUCCAACAACUUCAACCUGAACAUCACGUGGUCCUUGAGCUCCACAGCCGGCACCAUCUCGGGGGAGGAGAUGCCCAUCAUAGCCAGGACCAACAUCAAGGAGCACCGGGACAGUUUCUCCUGUGAGAAGUUCAACUUCCGACUGCACCACAACAUCACCUUCUACGUCUACGUGUCCAACUUCAGCUGGCCAAUCAAGAUCCAGAUUGCUUUCUCGCAGCACAACAGCAUCAUGGACCUGGUGCAGUUCUUUGUCACCUUCUUCAGCUGCUUCCUGUCUCUGUUACUGGUCGCUGCUGUGGUUUGGAAGGUCAAACAGACCUGCUGGGCCUCACGCCGUCGAGAGGUAGGACACCUCCUCGUGUGUGUGUGUGUGUGUGUGUGUGUGUGUGUGGAGAGGAAACAGGUUUUCCUGCGUAUGAGCAGCACACAUUUGUUUACGGCACACGUUGAGUUGUGUCGAGCUGUCUGUGUUCGCUUCACUCUGCUACACACGAGCUGCUGGAUGCAGCUGGCACAUCAAACAUGAAAGUAAAUG